AUGGAAGCCUUAUUUGCUUCUUGUCGCGACGACUAUCCGAAUGCCGUCGACCUUUUUAAUCGGCGAGUCCCAGCCGAAUGCUUCUCGACUCUCCGAGCAGACUCGACGUACAACGCCGGCGGCAACAUGGAGACGCUCCCGCCGCACGAGCACAACGGCGUCCGGUUCCCCGCGGGCCGUGUGAUUGUCGGCGGCGACCAGAACCAGCCGCAGAGCCUCGCGUUCUUCAGAGCACAGGAGCUGCAGUCCCCGCUCGUGCUCGACUCCGCGUGGCUCUUUGUCAAGCACGUCGACGAGAUGCUGCAGGCCAUCCCGGCCCGCACGCCGCGCGGCUGGGCCGUCGUGGCCAUUGAUCCGCAGCUCGGCCUCGGGCUGCUGCGCAGGGCCGCGCAGUACGGCCUCGGCAGCGCACCGGUGAUGAGCGGCAACAAGGCCCCGUCCGGCCCGACCAUUGACCAGUUCCUGCAGACGCCGUCCAACAUCCAGGCGGCCGAGAUUAGCGCCGGGCGCAUGGCGGCGAACCUGGCGCUGCUGCAGAGGGAGACGGGCCUGACCGACGCUGAGAUCUUCAAGGUGCCGGCGCUGAUUGCGUUCAAGGACACGGUGCAGGACUAUCUUGCGCCCAGGCGCAGCCGCAGUCUCGGGACGCGCGACGAGGCCGAGGAGGCGGCGCUUGAUGCCGAGUUUUUGCAAUUUGUCGACGCGCAUGGGCAGGGCGGGGACUCGCGCAACGAGACGGCGGCCGCUGCGCUUCGGCGGCGCCAGGAUCACGGGUCGGGGCCGGUGACGCUUGAGUCGCUGCUGCCGAGCUUGGUCAAUGGCGUGCCGCUGAGCGACGCGCACUACCUGGCGCCGAAGCCGUACGGACCUAUUUUCAACGGUCACGAUGUGUUUGAGACGGUGGCUGUGAAUCAGUACAAAAAGGCUGGCUUUACGACGGUGGAGUUUUUGGACGAGUGGAGGCUGCAUCAGUCUAGUGGCGAUUUGCAUUGCUUUACCAAUACCUUCCGCGAUGCCUCGGAGCCGUGGUGGUCAAAGUGA